UCCGUCCGUUCGUUCGUUCGUUCGCUCGUUCGUUCGUUCGUUCGUUCGUUCGUUCGUUCGUUCGCUCGUUCGUUCGUUCGUUCGUUCGUUCGUUCGUUCGUUCGUUCGUUCGACAUUCGACGUUCGGAAGAACGACCAACGCUGACGUCUUAUUCGAGUUAAUCUUCGACGAGGAAGAAACUCGUUGUUUUCCUUAUUAGUUGAUACAAAGUUUGAAGAAAUUGCGACGCUAAGCACAGAAAAAUUCACAGCACGACUCCGCCACGUGGAGACGCAUGCUAAAGGAUUUACGCUCGGAAGAAAAAGCGGUUAAUUUAUUUAAGAAAGAGGAUAGCAAGAGGAAUAGAAGAAACUGGAUCGAUUUAGAUCUCGAGAUUUUUUUUCUAAGAAAAGUCCUUUCAUGUAGACCCUUCGGACAAGAAUCGCAAUGAUGCACCGUCGACGAUCUCUCUUGUUUCUCGUGCAGACGGUGUUUUUAACAGUUUGUCACGGGAUCCAGCAAUUCGAAGAAACACCGCAGUAUACGGAAGUUAAUCCUGGUCAAGAUGCAAAGUUGAUCUGUCGCGUGCUCGGCAAAAGGGGUCAGUGCAUUUGGCAGAAGGAUCAAAAGCCGAUCGGAAUGCACCUGAAGAAGUACGAGUGGGUCGGCUCACCGGACAUGGGAGACUGCUCGCUCUGGGUCAGGUCGGCCACCUUGGAAUUCGACGACGGUUUGUGGCAAUGCCAAGUCACUGCCAGUGAUUUCACGACGCAAGACGCUUUAGCAUCGGAACAAGCUAGGCUGGUCGUCAGGGUCAGCCCUCGGCGACCGCAGAUAGAGUACGACAACCAUCCUAUUUUACCUGGCAGCAACGUGACAGCCCGAGCAGGUGAGAUCGCUACGCUCACUUGCAGAGCGCGGUAUGGGAAUCCUCCGCCUCUAAUUAAAUGGUACGUCGGCGAGACGGAGAUCAGGACGCUGAGGCCUCAGGUAAACUCGACGGAACUAGAUAAUCCCCGUACUUGGGAGACCUACAGUGUUUGCGAGAUUUUGGCGGAGCGGUCACGUUACGGAGCGCCGAUCCGAUGCGUCGCCAUUCAUCCUGCUUAUGCCAAUCCCACCAUGUCCUCCAGCACCGAAGUGAGAUUCGACGUAAAAUACGCACCGGAAACACGAUUGGUGGGUGUGCCAAACGGACAGUUGGAAGAAGGACGAGAUAAAUUAGAAAUAAGGUGUCUGGCCGACGCAAAUCCACCGGCUUCGAUAAUUUGGAGGCGUACGAAGAGCCUUAGCGUCACCGAUAUCGCCAGCAUCGGGGAGACCCUUUUGUUCUCGCCAGUUUAUAGAAACCACGCGGCCGAGUACAUCUGCGAAGCGACCAACACCGAGGGUGAAAGUAGCCCUGUCAGGGUACAAGUGUCCGUAAACUAUCCACCUACGAUCAGCUCGGUCGGCCCGGAAUGGUUGACUACGGCAUUGCUUUACUCGGGUGCAUCGUUCGAGUGUCACGCCGAUGCGAUGCCACCAGCUGAAUACAGAUGGGCCCAAAUCUUUACCGACAAUCGAAUGCCAGUGGAAUGUGGAACCGGCCAAAGAUUGAUCCUCACGAACGUGACUUACGAGCAACAAGGCCAGUACAUAUGUCUAGCCUCGAACAAGAUCAAUGGACACGUCAGGGAGGUUAAAAGCGACCCGGUGUCUUUGCAAGUGGUCGGUGCACCCAGGGUGGUGAAGCCAACGAUCAUGGAGAAGUACGUCGUAGCAGCGACGGAAGGCAGCCCGGCAAGAUUAGAGAUCAGACUCUGUUCCAAUCCGAAGCCUCGUCUCGUCGCAUGGGAAUGGGGCAGCACCAGACUCUACGCCGGCGAGGUUUUAGAAUCUCGUUAUCGCGCUCUGGAUUUAGAGCCACUAGCGUCCGAAGACUGUUACGUAGCGAUUUUGGAACUUACCAGUACGGUUAAGGAGGAUCAAAGACUAUAUCAUGUUAUCGUAGAGAAUGAUCGUGGAAGCGACCGCAGAGCUUUAAUGUUAAGGGUCGACGAACCAGGCCAGAUUCCACUCGUUAUCGGAGCCGUCGCGGGUUUCACCGUGCUCUCGGUACUGAUAAUGGGAUUCGUUUGUUUCCUACGAUCCGAUAGAUGUUGCACAUCCAGAAAUACAGCUCCUGCGUUGCAGCAAGUACAUUGUACCAAAGCUUCCAACACGCUAAUAGAGGAUCCGCGUUUGGCCGUCGAUACGAUGGAACGCACAGGUCAGCAAUUUGUUCCCGAGAAACGAGCCAAUCACGUUCUGAAGCCCGUCCCGUCGCAGCAAUAUCCGCAAGAGUGCUACCAGCACGAUCCGCAACAUCCUCAACAACAUUAUGAGAGGCAUCGCCAUCACAUGCAACCACAUGGACCACAGUACUUACAGGGGGAGCAGCUGUUUCUCAAACCAGAUCGCUUAGCGACGUUGAAGCAUCCUAGCAAGAUCGAGAAGCCGCCGCAGUAUACCACGUUCAAGCCGGGUAACUGAAGAUCU